AUGGAGCAGGUUCAUGGCGUUGAUGUCAGCUGGAUGACCCAUGGUGCUUCCAAAGAUAAAAUAACUAGAAAUUCGCCUCCGACCAAAACUCCCUCAGCAGCUCUUCCACGACAGAUCCCAGGCGCAAACUCGAGACCGAAGCCACCGGCUUCAGAUAAUGCUUCCGUAGACUCAAACACCUCACACAACGGCCAGGCCACGACGACAAACGGUUCAAACGGUUCUACCGCCCCUAAACGGGUAUCGCGCUCGAAUUCUAUAGACAAACAAACUCUUCCUGGCACUUCACCUCACCGUCGCAAUUCAUGGUUCUCCAAUAUAUCAGCCAAAUUCUCUUCCUCCGGCACACCGCCAGCCGCCGGUCCUCCUUCACCAGCUCCCAUACCAGAAUCAUCACCAGCGCCAUCGCAAGAUCCCCUCCCACCAAAACUGACACAUACGAAAAAUGCCGUUCUACCGCAUGCCGCGAAGCCAGAGGGUGAUGGCCCUUAUAUACCUGCCCCACCCAAGAGUGGCCAACCCGGCUUCUUGGGCAUGUUCCGCCGGCUCUCGUCUUCCAACGGUGGUGCACUUACGCAAAGCGGAAAGCUCGGCCAUGGUCUUGUCGACAGGGUGGUUUUGAAUGUUGAUCAGAAUCGUGAAAGAUGUCCUAUACAAGAGCUCUCUUGUGCAAAAUUAAGAAGAGUUGCGUUCUGUGUAGAUGUUGAGAUUGCGCCACAACCCAGAUACGCCGAAGGCGACUUGCAAUUGCCCAAAACGACUGAUAAGACGCAGAAAAAGAAGUUGGCCGAGAAGGGCGAGGGCGAGGCGCUCAAGAACCCAAAGGCUGUUGAAGAACAGAAAGAAACCAACGGAGAAGUAAAGAAGACAGGCGAGACGCUACCUCAGGAACCCCAAAUGGAAGGGACCGAGGCUCCUCAGCAGACUGAAGACACGACAAACGGCAACGCGACUCCCCUCCCAGAGAAAAAGGAAGAGAAUACUAAGAAAAAAGAUAAAAAGAAGAAGAGCGAGGAAGAACGAAAGGCCAGAAAGGAGAAGAAACGAAAACUUGCAGAAGCAAACGGAUCUAUCCCUAUGGAAAUUCAUUACGACAGUAGCGAUGAUUCUGACACGGCGGGAUCGCCCCCCAAUACCACCAAGGCUCCUAAUGCUACUCAGACUGCUAAGACUCAGACAGCACCUACAACAAACCCUGUCAGAGUAUACCGCAGAUGUUGUCAGCUGCGCGAAACGCCGAUUCUUAAGAAGAUCACCGAGCAACUCACUGAUACAAACAACUAUACAGCCUCGACUGGCACAGUUAACAAGCUUGAUCUCACUGAUUACUGGCUGCAACUGCCUGAUCUAGUCACAUUGGGCGACUAUCUGGCAAUUGUUCCUGUCAGGGAGGUACUGCUAGAAAACAGUGGCUUGGGCGAUGAGGGUUUGCGAGUUAUUCUGGCCGGUCUCCUCGCGGCCAGGCGACCUGCCCUAAGACGACGGAAACACAAGCAUGACGAAGAAGAAGAAGAGCAAGGAGGAGUGGUGGAGCGUCUAGUUUUGAAAAACAACAAGAUUGGCCCCGAUGGAUGGAAGUAUCUUUCGCUUUUCAUCUAUUUGUGCCGGUCACUCAAAUUUCUUGACCUCUCCCAAAUCCAGUUCCCGCGUCAGCCCCAAACUCCACCGAAUGGAUCGCCCAACAGCGGAGUGCAAGUACCCCGAAGUAUAUCGAACAUCUUUUCUAAGGCUUUGGGCGAGCGUCUUGGAGGAUCAACACUCGAGUUGAUUAACCUUGGCCAAGCAGGCUUGACAAUGGAGCAACUCGGUUCGGUUGUCGAUGGUCUAAUACAAUGCGGUGUAAAACGACUUGGCUUGUCACACAACGAAAUAGAUGCAGAUGGUAUGAAACACGUCGUCAGGUUUCUCAGCGAGGGCCAUUGCGAGGGUCUAGACUUGGGUGGCAAUGACCUCAGUCAACAUACUGAAGCUCUGGCCACAGCAAUCGAAAACGACACAACUUUGUGGGGUCUGGGUAUGGCUGGCUGCAACUUGACACCUUCGGCGCUUUGCAAGAUCUUACCUGUGAUGGUCAAGCUACCUAACCUGCGGUUUUUUGACCUGUCGCAAAACCCAGCCUUAUUUCAGUCAACUCCCAGUGCCGUUGGUCUGCUAAGGAGAUAUCUACCAAAAAUGAAGGUCUUGAAGCGUAUGCAUUUGGAAGAUGCUGCAAUGACGCCAGAACAAGCGAUUGCAAUUGUGGAAGUGCUCCCCGAAGUGCAAACGCUAGCACACAUCAACAUCACCAACAAUGCCGAGAUUGUCAAGCUUGCUGAUGCGAGAACGGAAGAAGCGCAGGAGGAAGCUUGCGCCCUUUACGCCUCUCUGCUUGCUGCAGCCCGAGUGUCUAAGAGUCUCAUCUGUGUGGAUGUCGAAGUACCCAGUGAACAUUCAGGUGAGAUUGUCAAGGCCAUGGCCAAGCAAGUUGUUGCCUAUUGCUUGCGUAACAUGGAGCGACUUCCCGAUGCCGACGCUGGCGCAGUCAUGGCGUCGACACUUGCGGAGAACAAUCUUGAGGCUGGUGAUAGUAAGCUCCCACUCUAUCCUGAUGUCCUCGCACAUCUUGUCGGACACGAUGUGCUUGACCAGGACGAAAGCGACGACGACAACAGCUCGGCGCCCGAUGAAGAUUAUGUCAUUGGAGGCACCGGCGUGGUCAAGGCACUUGCUUGCUGUUUGAAGAACCGAGGCGAUGAGUCAAGGAGACAGUCCGGCGAGUUCAUCCGUGACAUCGAGAACGGUGCAACGAGCCCAGCAGCGACACCAUCAGCGAACCUGUCAACGGGAGGAAAGGCCAAGGACAUGUCGAAACACUUGUUGAUGGGCGCCCGCAAGAUUCGAUUACGCCUCCAGCCAGCACUGAUCAAGGCGAGGGCCCAUUCUGACGAUGAGCACAACCUGCGUAGGCUGAUUUUCUUGGACGACACUCUACAAGGUAUCAUCAAACGGUUCGAGGAUGAGUAUCCAGAUACACGCGAGGAUGUGACACCUCCGAGACGUCCACGUGCUGGGACCAAGGGCAUCGAGGAACUACCUACAACCCUACCUCUGGAUGAUUCUGCAAUGGCUCUGUCAGACAACGAAGACGAGGGCGAAAUCCAUGCAGGCAAGCCACUCUCAAGAUCAAAUUCUAUGGCCAAGAUUCUGGUCGAGGAAGAAGGUCGAAUUCUUCGUGCUGGUCACCGGUUCCGUGCUGGUUUCUUCAAACAGGAGCAGAUCGAUCUGCUCAGCACGAUUGACGACAUUGGUUCCGAUCCUAUGCACGUGGGAAUGCUAACCGAGAUGGCCGAGGAUAUUGGUGGGGAGCUGUUGGAACUCGUCAAGACGAAGGGUGCUGUUAGGGCCUUCAAAGAAGACAGAGACGUUGCACUUAAGUGCAUGGCCGAAAGUGACCCAGAGCAUUGGGAGCGAUUUGUCGAUGCUCAGAACAAGUCCCGUGCCAACAUUAGCAUUCCACCAGCAGCAAAGCAGGGGGAUGCGGCGGACGAGAGUGCAAUUGCCGAUUAG